UUUUUUUAUAAUUUUUUUCGUCGUUUAUAUUUUACUCUUUUUCCCUCUCGUCUCUCGUUUUCUGUCCACGCGCACGCAGAGCAACAAACCCGACGGACGGCCAGCUCUACGCACACGCACUCGAACACGAACUGCAGACAAACGUCACACACACGUUACUACAAGCUGACACGCGUCGAAGAGCACUGACUUCACACGACUCGGUCGUCCCCGGCAAAACCUUUGGAACGUCGACGACCACAGACAGACAGACAGACAGGUGCGUCUUCUCCUCGACCGCUGUUUACCGUACGGUGUGCUCGCUUACACGCACGCCGUCGUCGUCCCGACACACAGCCGCAGACGCCGAUGCGAUCGUCCGGUUGACCGGCCGGUCUAAGUCCGCGUACCCUACGUUGCCUCCGCCGCCGUCACCGUGUUUGCCGCCGGGCCCGGUCGACGCGCCAUCAGCAAUCACGUACUGCUACACGUACCCGGGGCACUGCGCAUGCAGCCCCGAGCAGCAGCCGCCGCCGUUGCGGACUUGUUGCGCGCACUGUUGCUCGCCCGCCGCCGCCUGCACCACUGCCGCCGCCGCCGCCGCCACAGCCACUGCCACAGCGUACCACCACGUUUAUCAGCACCAACACCAGCACCAGCACCAUCAGCCGCCGCCGCCGCCGCCGCAACCGUUGCACCAUCAGUAUCAGUUGGCCGUCGCCGUGACGCCGCAACCGAAGACGCCGCACGUCGGUGGCCCGGUGUACCACUUGCAGGCCAACAACACGUAUCACCACCAACACCACCACCAGCCGCUGCAGCUCCAGCGACCGGCGCCACUGCAGUACGCGGAAACCGUCACGACGGCACCACCGACGGCCACUAUCGCCACGCCGGCAGCGGACGCCGUGCAGGACGACGUGGAAAUGCGCGGGUCUGACGAAAUGGUCACAUCACCUGGAGUUGAAGGAGGACCGGUAAGCAACGGAGACACAAUUGGAACCAAUCACGUGGAUAACAAUAAUGACGCAAAGAAGGUCAAACUCGAUAAAACCGCCAACAACAAGCCAUCCCGGGUAAUACACAUACGCAACAUACCCAAUGAGGUCACUGAAGCCGAGGUCAUACAUCUGGGCAUUCCGUUCGGAAAAGUUACCAACGUGCUUGUACUCAAAGGCAAAAAUCAGGCUUUCCUCGAGAUGGCGGACGAGACAUCGGCAUCAGCCAUGGUUACAUACUUCACAACGUGCACGGCUCAGCUCAGAGGUCGCGCUGUGUUCAUACAGUUCAGUAAUCAUAAGGAGCUGAAAACGGACCAAACGCACAGUAAUGCCAAUGCAUCGGCUCAAGCGGCACUACAAGCAGCCCAAGCUCUGGCUGGCCAAAGUGAUGUACAAGGAGGUCCAAACACGGUGCUCCGGGUAAUCGUCGAACACAUGGUAUUCCCAAUCAGUCUCGAUGUCCUCUAUGAGAUAUUUUCGCGUUACGGCAAGGUGCUGAAAAUCGUCACGUUCACCAAAAACAAUUCGUUCCAAGUGUUGAUCCAGUAUCCCGAUGUGGUAACCGCACAAUCCGCUAAAUUGUCAUUGGACGGACAAAAUCUGUUCCAUACCGGCCAUUUGUUUGAUCUGUCGCAUUUGAACAACUCACUGGAUGGCCAAAACAUUUACACAUCGUGCUGCAAACUACGUAUCGAAUACUCGAAACUGUCCAGUCUGAACGUCAAAUACAACAAUGACAAGUCGCGGGACUACACCAACCCGACGCUGCCCAACGGCGACAAUACGGUAAUGGAAACGCUGGCGGCGCUUGGCGUGGACUCUGUGGCUGGCAAUCAGCUGCUGCCACAUCAGCUCAGUCUAUUGCUUUCCGGCGUCCCAAGUGCCGCUGCUGGACUUCCGCAAGCCCGCCGACAACUGACCACCGGCGCUGACCAUAGCCGACUUGCAGGCAGUCCGGGUAUGCUGACCCCGUCGUUCAACGCUGUCCACGGACUUGCUUCGCCGUUAGCCACAUCGUACGCCAACUCUCCCGUCACUAGUAUGCCGCUCGGAUUCACCUUACCCGGUGGUUCGUUGGCGACUGGCACACUCAGACUCCCCGGCCAGAUGACCGGACAGACUUGUGUACUGUUGGUCAGCAACCUUAACGAAGAGAUGGUCACGCCAGACGCUAUUUUCACUUUGUUUGGUGUCUAUGGAGACGUGUUGCGCGUGAAGAUCUUGUACAACAAAAAAGACGGUGCUUUGGUACAAAUGGCUGAGCCCCACCAAGCACAUUUGGCCAUGCUUCAUUUGGACAAAGUGCGUCUAUAUGGAAAGUACAUACGAGUAAUGCAAUCCAAGUACCAGACUGUUCAACUGCCCAAGGAGGGACAGCCCGACUCGGGGCUGACUAAAGAUUACACCUCGUCACCGUUACACCGAUUCAAGAAGCCAGGUUCUAAAAAUUACCAAAACAUCUAUCCACCGUCGUCUACUCUCCACUUAUCCAACAUACCGACGACGUUAUCGGAAGAUUUCUUAAAGACGGCGUUCGAAAACAACGCUUUCACCGUCAAAGAUUUCAAAUUCUUCCCUAAAGACCGCAAAAUGGCACUUAUUCAAAUGGAAUCCUUGGAAGAAGCCGUCGCCGCACUUAUCAAGAUGCACAAUUAUCGGCUCAGCGAACAAAACCACCUGCGCGUUUCGUUCUCUAAGUCCAACAUCCAACCGGACACGCUGACACCCAACUAGGCAUCUCUUACCCUACGCUUUAAAUUACUGGACAUUGUUGCCAAACUACGCGACAGUCAAUGAUCUUUACGAACACGACUGUGUUUUACAAGUAUUUUUAAUUAUAAUAUUAUUGUUUCAUAUUUUAAAUUUAUUCGUAAACAGUAUUAUUUUUUUUAAUAU